UAGACAGGACUACUCUAGACCAGGAUGACAACAUAGACAGGAUGAAUGUAGCUCCUGAGGCUGAUAUCCAGGCACAUCCAGCCAAACUUAAGAAGCGCAAAACUAGAAAAGUCCGUUUUUUGAAAUGUCAACAUCUCCGUGACCUGCGGACCAUCAAGACGUUGAUGCUGAUGUUCGUCAUCUACUUCAUCUGCUGGAGUCCCAUCAUGGCCUGCAAGUUUGCCUUCCAUCUCUUGAUGGUAGAUAUAGACAAGAAAUGGUUCUACACGGCAUGGAUUGUGGGAGCCUCCAACUCUCUCUGGAACUUUGCUGUGUACCCACUACGGAAGGCGGAGCUGCGCAGAGCUAUACGGAAAAUUAUGUGCAACGUGUUCGCUCAUUAGUGGACUGAAAUAUGUGUGAGACAUCGACGACCUUAAUGAAUACUUCUGUUGUAUUUACAUAGUGGUUUGA